AUGGCGCCCUCUACCACAGCCCCGAACCAGCUCACGGCUGGCAGAAGACUCGGAGGCGAUUCGAGUAGCAGAGAAGCGACUCCAGCUAUGGCGCGCUCCAAUGCCUCCGCUCUCAUCUCCAAGUCCAGAAGUGACGCUCAGCUUGCAACAUCGUUCAAGACCGACCUCACGGAAAUUCGAAGCCUUGUUACCUGUACCGUCUGCGAUCUGCUACUAUACGAACCAUGGACUUUGGGGUGCGGUCAUACAUACUGCUAUUCUAUCAAGCAAAUGGUCGACCAGGUCUUCACAAAACGACUGGAGUUGAUGCCUGCAGACGAGUCCAUCGAGCAACAUGCUGAGAAGAGAGCAGAGGAGAUUGCAAUCGUCGAGAACGACAAGGGAAGUCCGAAUGGGAUAUUUAGAGGGCUGUUCAAAGAACGGGGACGGCUCAUGAGAGACGAUGGCGAUGGAGUCAUGAGAUGUCCGGAGUGUCACCAUGAGUACCUCGGAGGUCCCGUAUGUACGGUAUGUGGAUUCGAGGUCGACGAGGAGGAAGGCUUCAGUGACGCAAGCGACUACGACCACGACCUAAUCGACGACUUGGAGCAGGAUCUGGACGCUGAAUUGGGUGCCGAGUUUGAUCACAUGCACGACCAUCACCGCUACGGUCGCCCUCGCGCCCUGCUGGAUUUGGCCGCAAACUUUCACCCAGAUCCUCACAUGCACCACUAUAUUCACGAACAUCACCAUCGACACGGGGGCUCAAUUGACGGGUACUCCGAUUCGAUGGAUGGGAGCUUUCCUGAAAGCGAUAGCGACGAGGAUGGUGGCUCUUUGCAAGACUUUGUUGUUCAGGAUGACGUAGAACUCGGGCCCGGCCAAACGAGUGGUCUGGGAAGAAACGGCGCCGCAGAUCCUCCCAUCAAUCUUAUCUCAGACGAUGAUGAUUCGGAUGAUGAAGGUGGCGCGAUCAAUAAUCACCGACAGCGAAGAGACCGCGCCCGAAUUUCCGAGACACCAGACAGCCCUUACAGCCCUUACAGCCCCCAGUACGGUGAUCCAAACAGUGCUCACCUCGCACCUGACGAAUACGGUAGUCACAGUCCCGGACCCCACACAGUUACGGAUACCAGUACCUAUGGCUCUGAGGCCGGGGACAUGAAUCAGGCAGAUCUUCUUCGAACCGCUGGUUGGAGUCCUCUGCAACAAGAACCCGAUAGCGAUGAAGAAGGCUCUAUCAAUCCUUACCCCAGACGGCGUAGCCGAUAUGAGGAUGAGGAUGAGGAUGAUGAUGAUGAUGAUGAUGACUCUGUCGAUAGCGGCACAAAUACUGAAACCGUAGAGGACGGCCCUGUUGAUGAUGAGGACGAUCGCUCCCGGGACAGUCUGUCUCAAACUCCUGUUGUCAAUGAUGGGUACGAGGCUCGAAUUCAAGCAGGGACGAAUUUCCAUGCUGGCAACCUCUGCGAGCACCGGGAUACUGAAGACGAUUCUCAAGAGGGUCAGUCGGUCAUGGACUAUGAUGGAGAUACAGACAUGAGCCGUAUGAGCCCGGUAUCGCCAAGAGAAAAUCGCAGUGUGAGCGCGAAUCCAUACUUCAGAGGUGCUACUCCAGACUACGGAUACCAAACCCCCUUAGCGAGAGAUAUGAGUGUCAGUACCAACGAAAGCUCUGAAAUGUCCGAACACGGAGGUCUCGCAGCGAAUCGCAGCAACUUUCGCGGCCAGAACCUUGGUCCAGCCAGUAAUAUGCAAAAUCGUGAUGCCGAAUCUUCAGACAGCUCAAUCCGCCGACCCCCUCGCAGACAAAGAAGAAGGCCUCAAUCAAAUAUACGUGUUCAGCAGCAAUACGAACCCGCUCUCGGCAUGAUCUUCGGCGAGCACCAGGCGCUCAGAGGAACUGGGUCUUCGGACAAUCCGAUUUCGUUCGACGACGAAGAGGAAGAGGAGCCGGAGGAAGCCAGAAAUAUUGAGCCAUCGUCAUCGCGGCGCAGCAUGACUGCUUACCGCAACAUGCCCGCCCGCCGCGUCGACCCCCUUCGCAGCUCACACUCUCCAUCGUCGACUCGCAUCAUCUCAUCUUCGCAGAGAAACACCCGUCUCCCUAGGCAGUACGACCGCCGCGGUUGA